CAGGGACAGUUCAGCACCCUGAAGCCUGACCCCCAGCCUGGACCAUGGCCUCCCUGGGCCUCCCCCUCCUCGCUCUCAGGGCACUCUGGAUCCUCCCGCUCCUGACUGCCACCCUGAGGGCUCAGAAUAAAAUUUGGGAUGACCCCGUCUGCACAGAGAACGUGUCUGUGACCAGCGGCCACCCAGCAGUCAUGUCCUGCAACAUCUCCAACCCAUUCAAGACUGUCUCCAUCUUUCUGAACAUCUCUGGGAGGGAUCUCCAGCCUCUCUUCAUAGACAAGCCCCCAGGAUACUACUCUGAGCCCGGAAGGCAGUUCUGGGUGGCAGGUGGCAUGGCGCAGCUGGUGAUAGAGGAGGCCUGGGACAGCCACAAGGGGCAGUACAUUUGGAAUCUCCAAGGACAGCAGAGAAAUAUUCUAAUCACUUCACUGAAUGUGUCAGAGUCCAUAGACCUGCGUCCUUCUUCACCAGAGACUAAAAACUUACCUGUCACAACAGCUACCUUCCAGGGUACAGGACUAAAGAAUUAUAGCAAGCUAUCCUGGAAUGAGUCUAUAAUACUUGUCUGCAUUGUUCUUCUUGUCACCGUUAUGGUGCUGGCAUGCAUCGCCUGGCACAAAAGCCGUGGUCCCUCAAAUGCCAAGAGGCUCCUGAUUUAA